CGUACGUUACUCGCUACUUCCUUCAUUAUAUGAUAUCAAUGGAGUUCUCCCAUGGUCGCGCAGUAAUGGUGCUUCCUCUUUCCUUGCUCCUUUUACUCCAUUCUCUAUCCCCAACAAAUGCCGCAACGCAACUGGUUAUAGGCGUUUGCAAGCAAACUAUAAACUACAUCAACUGCGUGGAAGCUUUGGAAUCCGAUUCCCGAACUCCGUCGGCGUCGAACCUCAAAGAUCUCGCUAAAAUAGCUCUUGGCUUAGCGCUAUCCAAUGCAACAGAAAGCAAAUCUUAUAUCGACGGUUUGCUCAAGAAACACCGCACCGCACCCGUUGAGAAGUGCUCCUUUUGGUACGAAGCGGUGGUGGCGUCGUUCCGGAGUUCACUGAACGAAUUGGAGGAAGACGCUUCGACGGCGAACUAUGAUGCAAAAAUCGCUGGGGACUAUGCCAUUAGCUGUGAAAAAGAGUUGAGUACUGGUCAGGUUCGAAUUCGAGCAAUUUCGACAAGAAACAACUACGUGUUGUUAUACAGUAGCAUUGGGUUUGUAAUUACAAAUCAGCUUUGAGUUGUUCUUGUUAGAAGUGGUUUAUUUUAAGUCAUUCUAGGGGAAUAAAAGAAAAUUACUUCUUGUUUCUUUAUGUUUUAUGUUUUUUUGGUCUUUUCAUAAGGAUAGGAAAUGUUGGAGAUAAUGUCUUUUUCAAAGCAACACAUAAUAAAAUAAUAAGUACUUUGCCUUCUACUUUAA